AUGACGUUUAGCCGCUGCCACAGCCCUCCACCGGGUACCGAGAGUUUGGACUACGACCUUCACGAGAGCCCCAUGAUUAUGCAGUUUGUGAACAAUCAGCAGAUGGCGCUGAGUCAGGGGAACUGCUUUCUCCGAACUUUGGGUCAGAGUAGCCUCUGGAGGCAGAACGGCCGGGGUAUCAUCCGCUGGCUCAUCAUCUGCCUAGCGGGGCUUAGCACAGGCUUCGUUGCCUCGAUGAUCGACCUGGGCCUGGGUUAUUUUCAGAAGCUGGAGUUCUUCCUUCUGAAAUCCAGCAUCAAGGCCAGCGAUCACUGGGCCUCGACGUAUUUCGUCUUCUUGGCAUUUCGCAUGGUGUUGGCCAGCGUGGCAGGCUUCUGCGUCUGUUUCGUGGAGCCUUUGGCUGCUGGAUCUGGAAUCCCCGAGAUCAAGUCUUUCCUGAACGGUAUUCACAUGCCCCGGAUGCUGGAUGUCAAGACCCUGGUGGCUAAAGCGGUCGGCGUGAUGUUCAGCGUGGGGGCCGGCCUGCCUUGCGGCAAGGAAGGACCGAUGAUCCACAGUGGCGCCAUUUGCGGGUCGCUGACCUCUCGGGUCUUUUGGACCAACCGCCUGCGGCCGAUAAACAUGGACAAGGAGCAGCGGGAUCUUGUGACUGCUGGUGCGGCAGCGGGCGUCUCCGCCGCCUUCAGCGCUCCAGUGGGUGGCGUCCUUUUUGCCAUCGAGGAGGGUGCCACGCAUAUGAGCGUGGACAUCAUGCUCAAAACCUUCGUUGCUGCUGCCUGUGCCGCCCUGGUGGUGCGAUUCUUCCACUCCGGCUUCGACACGGGUCUUUGGGGAAUGCUGGGCUCGGCGGUGCCCCUGGAGUUCGGCGCGCUGCCGGAUCUCCGCUAUUCCAUUUGGGAGCUUCCCUUGUUUGCCUUAGUCGGAAUCCUCGGCGGUUUGAUGGGCGCCUUGUACAACUGGCUCAACGUGAAGCUCACGAGAGUCAGGAUGAGGUUCAUUGGCCCCACUGGCUGGCGGCGGUGGUUCGAAGUCCUUGUCCUCACCUUUGUCGUCUCCACCAUCAAGUUCCUUGUGCCUGUGGUUCUGAUGGAUGGCGUGGGCAAUGUCUUCGGCUCUGUGAAGCAGACGCUGUGGUGGUCUGAACAAGCAGAAGGCGUCAAGGCCAUCUUCCACCAGGAAAUGACGGUAUCGGAUAUGGCCAUUCUAGGCACGGUGCAAUUUUUCAUUGCCUGCUGGACGUACGGCGCCGGCGUUCCGAGCGGGCUCUUCCUACCCUCGCUCUACCUGGGCGCUGCUUGGGGAAAGCUUCUGGGAAUGGGCUUUUACUAUGCUGGAAUGCUGCACCACAUCAGCGAUGCGGACAAGUACGCCUUCGUUGGCUCUGCUGCUGCGUUAUCUGGACUCGGGCGGAUUACGAUCUCGCUCUCCGUUAUUGUGAUGGAGUGCACCAUCAACAACCAGUUCGGCGUGCCGCUCUUCCUCGCCACAAUGCUGGCCAAGUGGGUGGGUCAACUCUUCAACGAGGGGAUUUACGACCUGCACCUGGAGUUGAAGCAUGUGCCCCUUUUGGAGCCAAUGGGUGGCAAGGAGCUUCUCGACCUGCGUGCCAUGGACAUCAUGGCCCGGGAAGUCAAGACUCUGCCAGCCUGCGCUCCCGUCAAGCAGCUGGUGGGAUUGCUACAGGACGAGAGUCACAACCAUCACGGGUUUCCCAUCAUCGACAUGCCCUCGGGUGUCUUCUUGGGCCUCAUCCGACGCAGCGAGCUCCUGCACGUCCUGGAGAGAGGCAAGAAGUUUAACUUUUACGCCAAUCGCCAGGGCGCCUUCGGGGAUCAGAAGGAUCUCGUGCAUCCGAUGGUGUACAAGCUUUCGCCUGACGAGAUUCUAAACCAGAUCUCCGAAGAGGACUUGGACAAGCAGGCACCCAUUGAGAUGAAGGAGCCCGGUCGACCUCUUUCGGGCGAGGGGGGUUCCAAUCAGAGCCAGAGUUGCGUCUUCAAGAUUCGUGACGCAGCAUGGGGAUCGAGACAAGACUUUUCAGAGGAUCUUCGGUGA